AUGACUGGGGGUUCUCAAUCUCGUACAAAUGACAAACCUUCAAUCAACUAUAGAUAUAAUCCUCAUGGAGGACCUUUUUUUGACCUUGUGGAUGCUACUCGUGAAGAUUAUGCUCCCAGUCCCCAUGAUAACAGGAAACAACCUUCUCAAAAAGCUGAAUCCAGGUCAUCAUCCAUAGUCAGCACUACUGAUCUCAUAUCAGGAGCUGGCCAAUUAUGGAAUUUUGCCACCUCAUCUCUUCCCGUUUUACGCCAUAGGACAUCAACACAGAACAAUGAUAACCUUCAAAAAGCAAACACAUUUUAUUAUCCAGCAGAAGAAGGGAAUGUAAUUGCAUCUAUUCCUUCUGAAACUCAGAAUGUCUCUAUCAAUCUCAAAGCUAAAACUCAUGUUUCACCUACAGUAGAUGUGCAAAAAGACCUGGAUUCUUUACAUGUAGCCAAAAAAAUCUCUUCUUUUGAUUGUUUCAGUGAUUCUCACAGUUGCUACCACCUUUUGAGAUCCUGCAAAGAAAAAAAGGUUUCUAGUGUAUUGAUCUCAUAUGAAUUCCGAAAUGUAUAUGGAUGGAUGACUGACAUACAGCUUUCAGGAGCAAAGUAUAAGAAAAGAACCGAAUACUGCUCUAAUGCUUUAGAAAUAAACGGUGUUGAAACAAUCAAUCCAGAUGAUGCUACUAGACUUAAUAGUGUGACUACAACACAUGAAAACACAAACAAUAUGAUCAAAACUAGUGAAGUUUGUACAUCAACAUCAUAUAAACCACAACAUGGAGUUGCAAAACAAGAGCAUGCUUUUGCUGGAGCAUUUGCUGGAAUAUUUGUUAGCCUGUGUCUGCACCCCAUGGAUACAGUGAAGACUGUCAUUCAGUCAUGUCCUACAGAUCAAAGAUCCAUUCAAUAUAUUGGCAAGUCAAUUAUAUCUGAAAGAGGUUUAUCAGGACUUUAUCGUGGAAUCACAAGCAAUAUUGCUUCUUCAGCACCUAUUUCUGCAAUUUACACUUUCAGUUAUGAAUCAGUAAAGGGGGCUUUGCUUCCCCUUUUUGCCAAGGAGCAUCAAUCAUUGGCUCAUUGCAUAGCUGGAGGUUGUGCAAGUGUUGCCACAUCAUUUGUUUUUACUCCAAGUGAGCGAAUAAAGCAGCAGAUGCAAGUUGGCUCACAUUAUCACAGCUGUUGGAAUGCUUUUUGGGGGAUUGUUGGGAAGGGAGGCUUUUCAUCAUUAUACAAUGGAUGGGGAGCUGUACUUUGUAGGAAUGUUCCUCAUUCUAUUAUCAAGUUCUAUACAUAUGAGAGUUUGAAAAAGAUGAUGUCUUUGCAUCAAGCACAUGCUCAACCAACCACAAUAUCAACGCUAUUAUGUGGAGGAUUAGCUGGAUCUACUGCUGCUUUGUUUACAACUCCUUUUGAUGUGGUGAAAACAAGAUUGCAGACACAGAUACCUGGAUCUGUAAGCCGUUAUCAUGGUGUUUUUGACACUCUUAAAGACAUAGCCCAACAUGAAGGACCCAAGGGUCUAUAUAGGGGGUUGACUCCGAGAUUGGCCAUGUACAUGACUCAGGGAGCACUAUUUUUUGCAUCUUAUGAGUCGUUUAAAAGGUUAUUUUCUGUGGAAGCUGAACCUAGACCUAUUCGGCUCGAAUCUUGAUCAUAAAAAGUAAAAACCAAGUAGCUUGUUUUUGUUGAUUAUUGAAGCAUUUUUGAGGGGAAACAAAUCAAUCGAUUCUUGUGAAGAUGGAUGGAUGGAUGGAUAUGAUUGUUUUGAUUCUUUUAGUUUAGGUGUCAUAUGAUAUGAUAUGAUAUAACAUGUAAACAUUAGAGUGCAAAAUUCAUGUAAAGAGAAGGAUACUAUCAUAUAUACUAGUGAAGAUGUGUGAGGAUUGAGGGAGGAAAGGAAAGGAAAGGAAAGGAAAAUAUUCUUUUUGUAGAAUGUCGCUGAAAUUAGUUGCCAAUUUUUUCAAGUGCAUGUUAUUUAUUAUAUUAGACACAUAUAUAAUGAGAUAUGAUUCAAAUGUUUUCCCA